CCACCAUGGCCGACUCCGAUGGCGAGUUCGUCGCCGACGACAUGUCCGACGACGACAUCAUGGACCACACCGUGACGGACGGCGACCCGAGCGCGGCCCGCCCCAAGGGCUCCAAGCCGCCCAAGAGGAAACGCGACCGCAACGGCGGCUCCAAGGCGUGGGAGCAGUCGCGGCGCACGUGGGAGACGGACCUGCCCGAGGAGAGCGACGGGAUGCUCAACCUGGCGGGCUACGAGGCGGAGCGGCGGCGGCGGCUGCUGCGCGACACGACGCCGCUGCAGAGGGGCAUCAUCCGGCACCUGGUGCUGAAGGACCUGCUGCCGACGCGGUACCGGCUGACGCUGAGCUACGCGGCGGCGUUUGUGCGCGAGUACUUUGAGCAGAACCCCAUCUCGCAGCUGGCCAUUGUGGGCAUGAGGGACGGCGUGGCGCUGCGGGUGAGCGACAUGGGGGGCAAUCCGGCGGAGCACCUCGAGAGGCUGCGCGAGUUUGAGGGGCAGGAUCCGUCGGGGAAUCCGAGCUUGCAGAAUGCGCUGGAGAUGUGUCGGGGCGCCUUGUUUCACGCUCCUUCACACGGCACACGAGAGGUGCUCAUCAUCUACGGCGCCCUGCUGUCGAGCGACCCCGGCGACAUCCACGACACAAUCAACAAUCUCGUCGCCGAGCGAAUACGGGUGUCCGUGGUUGGGCUGUCCGCCCAGGUUGCCAUUUGCGCGGAGCUGUGCUCUCGGACGAACGUGGGGGACGACUCGCAGUACAAUGUCGCCAUGGACGAAACACACUUCAAGGAGCUCUUCCUGGCGCUGACGACGCCUCCGGUGAAUCGGACAAAGGAACAGAGCACGUCGAGCCUCUUGAUGAUGGGCUUCCCGUCACGGACGCUUGCCCCCGGGGGGACCAUCAGCUACUGUGCAUGCCAUAGCCAGCCUUGCCGAGAGGGAUACCUAUGCACUCGCUGCGGCGUCAAGGUGUGCAGGCUGCCUUCAGAGUGUCCCGCUUGUGGACUGACGCUCAUUCUUUCCACGCAUCUUGCUCGGUCAUAUCACCACCUGUUUCCCCUACGGAACUGGGUCGAGGUACCCUGGGCCGAAGCCGGACGAUCAACAGCCUGCUUCUCCUGCCAGUGUCCCUUUCCCGAACCCCCCAACAAAGCGAACAAGGACAAGGGCAGAGACGAAGUAGUGCCCACAACAAAAGCGCCGGCCAAGGGCGUGAGCGAAAGCGGGCGAUACAAGUGCCAGGUGUGCGACAACCACUUUUGCAUCGACUGCGACGUCUUUGCGCACAUGGUGAUACAUAACUGUCCCGGGUGUCAGAGCCAAUCUCAGGCUGCUGCUGCGGCUCCUCCGAUGACUGAUGGCGUGGAGGCCAAUGGGAAUGGGCACACGAAUGGUGGGAUGAUGGCUAUAGAUGGAUAGAGAAAAAGCGCCAUGGGAG